AUGGCUGAUAUUAACUCUGUUAUUAGAAUUAAACCAUUCCAUUAUAUCCAUGUAUUAGAUAAUAAUACUAAUGUUACUAGAGUUGAAGUUGGUCCACAAACCUUCACCAGACAAGAUCAUGAAAAGUUAGUCAGUGGCCCAGAUGCCAUGAUUAUGAUCCCACAAAGACAUUAUUGUACCGUUUCAAAUCCAAUUGUUCGUGAUGAAAAGGGUUCAUUAGUUUUAGACGAAUAUGGUCAAGUUAAAUUAAGACAUGGUGAUGAAGAAAUCCGUCACAGUCAAGAUCCAUUCCCAUUAUACCCAGGUGAAAAGAUCAGUGGUCGUGUUACUCCACUCCAAGUUGUUGCACCAUUAAAAGCCUUAAGACUUCGUGCUCUUCGUGAUUUUACCGAUGGUAAAGUUACCCACGUUGCUGGUGAUGAAUGGUUAUUCGAAGGUCCAAACACCUUUAUUCCACGUAUUGAAGUUAGAAUUGAAGAAGAAAUUAAAGCCACCAUUAUUGGUCCAAAUCAAGCUCUUAAAUUAAGAGCCAAUAAAGCUUGUAUUGAUCGUUCAGGUUCCCAACGUAAAGCUGGUGAAGAAUGGUUAGUUCGUCAACAAGGUGCCUACUUACCAGGUGUUGAUGAAAAAGUUGUCGAAAUUGUCAAUGCUUAUAUUUUAACCGAUAAAAAAGCUCUUCACUUAAAAGCCACCAAGACUUUCUCAGAUGAAACCAAAAAACCAGCUGUCCAACGUAAAGCUGGUGAAGAAUGGUUAGUUGUCAGCACCGAUGCUGAAACUCACAUUCCAGAUGUCUACGAACAAGUUGUUGGUGAAGUUCACAUUACUACUCUUUCAAAUCGUCAAUAUUGUGUUGUUUUAGACCCAAUUGGUCCAAAUGGUAAACCACAACUUGGUCAAAAACAACUUCGUAAAGGUGAAGUUGCAUUCUUCUUAAACCCAGGUGAAUCAUUAGAAGGUAACAAAAUUCACAAUAUCUACGUUUUAACCGAACAAGAAGCUCUCCUCUUAAGAGCCAAAGAAACCUUCAGUUUUGAUGGUGAAUCACAUUUAGCUGGUGAUCGUUGGAUGAUCUAUGGUCCAUGUGACUAUGUUCCACCAGUUCAAGUUGAAGUUUUAGAAAAACGUCACUCAAUCCCACUCGACGAAAAUGAAGGUAUUUACAUUCGUGAUAUUAAAACUGGUAAAGUUUCAUCAAUUAAAGGUCAAUCAUACAUGUUAAAAGCCAGCGAAGAACUUUGGGAAAAAGUUUUACCACGUACUGUUGAAGAAGUUUUAGCUAAAGAAUCAUUAAACCCAGAAUUCACUGAAAAUCGUGAUUCAACUCGUGUUGUUACCUAUCGUGCCCCACACAAUAGUGCUGUUCAAAUUUACGAUUACAAAGAAAAGAAAUCACGUGUUGUCUUUGGUCCAGAUCUUGUUAUGUUAGGUCCAGACGAACAUUUCACCGUUCUUUCACUCUCUGGUGAUAAACCAAAGAGACCACAUCAAAUUAAAGCUAUUGCUCUUUUCUUAGGUCCAGAUUUCAUGACUGAUGUUGUUAUUGUCGAAACCUCCGAUCAUGCCCGUCUUUCAUUAAAACUCUCAUACAAUUGGGAAUUUAAAGUUGAUCGUACCAAGAUCGAAGAUGCUCAAAAGAUCUUCCAAGUCCCAGAUUUUGUUGGUGAUUCAUGUAAAGCUAUUGCUUCAAGAGUUAGAGGUGCUGUUGCUGCUGUAUCAUUCGAUGAUUUCCACAAACGUUCAGCUCAAGUUAUUCGUCAAUCAGUCUUUGGUACUGAUGAAAAUGGUGAAGUUCGUGGUAACUUCUCAUUCAAUUCAAACAAUUUAGUCAUCACCAAUAUUGAUAUUCAAUCAGUUGAACCAGUCGAUCAAAGAACUCGUGAUUCAUUACAAAAAUCAGUUCAAUUAGCCAUUGAAAUUACCACUAAAUCACAAGAAGCUGCUGCCAGACACGAAGCUGAAAAAUUAGAACAAGGUGCUCGUGGUCGUCUCGAACGUCAAAAGAUUACUGAUGAAGCUCAAUCUGAAAUGGCUCGUAAAGAACUCUUACAACUCCAAGCUCAAUCAGCUACCGUCGAAUCUAGUGGUCAAGCUAUUGCUGAAGCUCAAGCUACCGCAGAAGCUGCCACUAUUGCUGCCGAAGCUAAUGUCAAACAAGCUGAAUUAAAAGCUCAAGCCCUCAAAAUCCGUGCUGAAUCAGAAAUUAAUAUCCUCAAGAGUCAAAGAGAAAACGAACUCAACUACAAAAAAUCAAUUGAUGAAUUAGAAAUCAGCAAAGCUUCCGAAUUAUCAGAAAUCGAAGCCUCCAAAUUCAAAGCUAUGGUUGAUUCAAUUGGUCGUGAAGCUAUUGUUUCAAUGGCUAAAGCUGGUCCAGAAACCCAAGCCAAACUCCUUGGUUCACUUAACCUUAAAUCUGUUAUGAUUACUGAUGGUAACAGCCCAGUCAAUCUUUUCAACACUGCCAAUGGUUUAAUUGGUAACAAUGCUCCAAAGAAAAAUUAAAUAAGUAAUUUUUAAAAAAACAGAAAAAAAAAAAAUUUAUUUAAAUCAUAAUAAUAAUUUAUUUAAAAAAAAAAAAACUAUAAAAAGUUUUUUUUUAAAUUUAAUAUAAAAUAAAAAACUGUAAAAUAAUUAAAAUAUUUUUAG